GGCGGCGAUCUGCACCCGCGAUUCGUCACCGCAAUCGCCCAGGCAGUCCCCUCCCGCUCGUCCUGUGCUGCGCUGCUCUGCUCGGUGUUGCCUCUACUGGCCUUGCACUGGCCUUGCACCCGCACUGUCCCUCUGGCCUCGCUCUGUGCACUGCCCUCCCGCGCCGUGUCCUGCUUAGUCGUCCGCUCGUCCCCCCGUCCCCCUCCGCUGGCCCAUCGACUGGCCGUGCUCGCCCACUGGAAGAACCUCGGGAGCGUGCAGCGCGUCAACACACGUUCUGCCACGGUCACUGGUAUUGUGAUCCUCACGCCCACGCCACGCCCACGCCCGCCAUCCUAUGCCCUCCCCGCCACGCCCGACUGUCGCGAGCCGUGCCUGCCUUGCGCGUCCCACCGUCACCACUGCGCGUCGCCGAUUGGCCCGCCUGCAACCACCUCGCCGCCGCUGAACCCUCGCAGGGCCUUUUGCGCCGUUGGGAAUGUACUCUGUGCAUCCCGUCCAGACCAUGUCCAUGUCGAAUGGUGGCAUUGGGAACGGCGCCAUGGACCCGUCCGCCACCAUUGACCCGGCCGCCCUCAAUGCAGCAGAUGCGCUGAGAGGCCCACCGCAGCCCGUCGCACAGCAACCCUCGCGGGGGCUCAAGCGCAGUCGCUCGCCCGAGAACACCUACGGCGACGUGCAGCACGGCGAUGGCGACCCAGACGACGGCAAACCACGCAAGCGCGGACGCCCGCCAAAGGCAGCAAAAGGCGCGUUUGCUGGGAGCCCCAGCCGUGCAUCCCAGUCCAUGUCCACGCCCUUGCACGCCGGCGCAGCUCCCCCAGUGCAGACGCCGCGCCUGCAGUCGACGCCCCUACCCCAGGGCUCUCCUCCCCUCACGUCCCCGUCGACCAAGUCCACGCCCACCAAGCCCGCCGUCAUCAAGGCCCUGCCCACGGUACGCGACCACACCACCGACCAACUCAACCCAGAGGGCGACGAGUACAUCCCGCGUGAAAUCGACGACGCCGGCGAGCGCAAGGUCACGCAGCAAGGGCACCCGCUCGACGCACGCGAAUACCGCUGUCGCACCUUCUUCGUGCCCAACAGAGGCGACAAGCUGUUCAUGCUGGCGACCGAGUGCGCGCGCGUCCUGGGCUACCGAGACUCGUACCUGCUUUUCAACAAGAACCGGUCCCUGUACAAGAUCAUUGCUACACAGGCCGAGAAGGACGAUCUGAUUCACCAAGAGAUUCUGCCCUACUCGUACCGCUCCAGGCAGAUUGCCAUUGUCACGGCGCGGUCCAUGUUCAGGCAAUUUGGCAGCCGACUCGUAGUGAACGGAAGGCGCGUACGCGACGAUUACUGGGAAAGCAAAGCCCGAAAGCAGGGCUUUACCGAAGAAGACGCGGCUGGAGAAAAGAGACCAGGUGCUGCCAAGGCGAGGGAAGCCGCGGCUGCCGAAGCGAACCACGCCAGUGCCAUGGCCUUUGCACAUCCAGGAGCAUUCGCUGGCAACAACCAAGACUACCUAGGCGCAGCUGUCAACCCCCUGCAGCCAUUUGGCGGACUCAAUCCAGCGCCAGGGAGCAUGCCUACUACCACCGCAGAACAGUACAACCCGCGCACAUCGACAGAAAUGCAGCCUCGAGACUACAGCGGUGUGCAGCGACCACGACAGGAGAUGACUGGUGCACCAUUCGUGGAUGUCACGAGACCAACCCCUUCUGGUGAGAUUCUCAACCAGGCCGCCCAGACAGCCGAGUUCAACAAGCAGCUGGAACACCAGCGCAAGAGUCGCAAAGAAUAUCUGGACAAGAUCUGGACCCGGCCACAUGAGCCAACUGUGCAGCCCAACCGUCCAGGAACCGCUGAAGGCGACACCGUGCCACAGGUCUCACAGGCCGUGCAGUCUCCUCGUGUGUCGACACACACUGUCUUGCCAGGAAACCAAUACGGCAUGGUAUCCCAGACUCCUCAACGGGCAAUGCAAAACAUGGGAGCGCAACCGUACCGCCCGCAAUCUCUUCCGCAGAACAGCAUGAUCCAGUCUCCUAUGGCUCAGCAGCAGCACAACCAACUUCGACCAGAGAUGCACCGUCGCCCGCCGAGCAUAGGUAUGCCUCAAGGCAUGACCCCUACUGGAAUGAGCCCUGGAAUGAGUCCUGGAAUGCUUUCCGGUGUACAAAACCCAGGCCAUGGCUAUUCCCAGUCUCACAUGUGGCAAGGCCCCCCGCAGCCGUCACCACUCUCUCAGCAGCACAACAUGCAGCAAUACGCCCAACGUCCUCCACAACACAGCUCGAUGCAUGUCACGCCUAUGCAACAAUACCAGACAAUGGGUACCAUGGGAGACACCGGAUAUCCGUCCAUGGGCCAGACUCCGUAUCAACCCAGCCCGAGUCCCCAUCAAUUCAUGCAACACCAGAGUACUGCCGGACAGCAACCUGGUAUGCCUGGAUGGGCUCCUCCGCAGGCUCAGCAAGGAUGGCAAUCGUACUAG